AUGACUGACUUUGAAAAAUCCAUAAUCAACGCAUGUGAAGAAGUGUAUCCAAAUUCUCCUCUUACCGCAUACAAUAAUCCCGACGAUCGUUCAUUGAAAGUUUACACUCAUAUGAUGCUAGCGUUGGCAUUCGUACCUUUGGCUGAAGUUCCUCGCAUUUUCUCGCUCUUGGAAAAUGAUGCGCCUGAAGAUCUAUUACCAAUUUUUGAAUAUUUUGAAAAAAAUGAUGUUCUUGGUGUAAUAGCUCGAGGAAGAAAACGAGGGUAUCUUCCACGGUAUCCACCAGAAAUUUGGAAUCAACACCAAGCAGCUCUGACUGGUUCACAUAAAACAAACAAUGUAAGUGAGGGGUGGUACAAUCGCUUCCAGCUCGUUAUUGGAAAACAUCAUCCCGACCUUUAUUCUGCUCUCAGUGAGUUCCAAAAAGAACAAGCCGAUGUAGAGAUAAUGAUCUCGGAACUGAGUCUAGGACGAAAAGACCUACAAUUUUUGAGGACGAUUUCGCAUAAUAUUGUUUUGUAA